AUCCGCGCCUCGGGGUGCCUGGCUCAGUCUCAGGCAUGAGACCUGUACCAGCCCCCGGGAGCCGUGAGGGGCCGACAAUGAGGAGAAGAGUGCAAGGGGCGGCCUCGCUCCCCUGGCCACCGCGGGGGUCGCGGCCUCCCAUUACAUAGCGCGUGUCUCGAGCCCCGGCCUGCUCUCGGCACCGCCACAACGGGCGUAAUAUGGCCGCUGGUGCCGGGACCUGCCGGGCGCGCGGAGGGUCGGGCCGAGGUCCGGGAUCCGGAACUGCUCCCGGCAUUCCUCGCGAGUGUAUGGCGUGGGCUCUCUUCCCCCUCUGUGGGUCCCGCGAGGAGACUCUCGGGCUUUGAGGGGUCUCUUUGGAUUGAGGACAUCAGCAGCAGUGGAAGGGAUUUUACUGGAGACCUGUCACUGUCAGAGCCUUAAAAUAUCACCGACGGGGCCUUAAUGUCACCGAGGUAGAGAGAAAAGGGCAGUAGCCCUAGAGACUAUUGCGACACAGUGUGCCCCUCAUAAGUUCUUCCAGGGAGGGGGUCUGUACUGAGUUGACGCCCCAGGAGCUGAGCACCAGGCUUUGCAUCCUUGGGAACUCAGCAAACGUUUGUUCAGCCAAUUGCAGGUAGCAUGGCCCAGGGCUUGAUUGAGGUGGAGCGAAAGUUCCUUCCAGGGCCUGGCACAGAGGAGCGGCUGCAGGAGUUGGGGGGCACCCUGGAGUACCGGGUCACCUUCCGAGACACCUACUAUGACACCUCUGAGCUGAGCCUCAUGCAGGCUGACCACUGGCUGCGACGACGAGAGGAUAGUGGAUGGGAGCUCAAAUGUCCUGGAGCAGCAGGUGUCUUAGGACCCCACACGGAGUAUAAGGAACUCACAGCGGAACCUACAAUUGUGGCCCAACUCUGUAAGGUGCUGGGGGCUGACGGCCUGGGGGCUGGAGAUGUGGCUGCUGUGCUGGGCCCACUGGGGCUGCAGGAAGUAGCUAGUUUUGUGACUAAGCGGAGUGCCUGGAAGCUGGUGCUCUUGGAAGCUGAUGAAGAGGAGCCACAGCUCAGGGUGGACUUGGAUACAGCCGACUUUGGCUAUGUUGUGGGUGAGGUAGAGGCCCUGGUGCAUGAGGAGGCUGAAGUACCAACUGCCCUAGAGAAGAUCCACAGGCUCAGCAGCAUGCUUGGUGUGCCUGCACAGGAGACAGCACCAGCCAAGCUGAUUGUAUAUCUACAGCGUUUCCGGCCUCAAGACUAUCAGCGCCUGCUAGAAGUGAACAGCUCCAGAGAGAGGCCACAGGAGACUGAAGAUCCUGACCACUGCCUGGGCUAGGGGUGUCACUUCCUGGAAGGGGAAGGGAACUCUGGGUCUAACGGAGUCCACUCCUGGGCCCACUGUGCCUCUCCCCUCAGUGUCCCUUCUGACAGUGACUCCUCUCUCUCCAGCGCUGCCUGUUUCUUCCCCCUCCUCUAAGCUACUCUUCCUUGAGCCCUCCCUGGCUGCUUCCUCUCGCUCAUCCGUCAGAUGCAAUCUGUGGGCCGCCCCUCUCCCCUGGCCGCUAAGCAGCCUCCAUUGAUUUCCGCUCGUGUUUAUAGGAUUUCCACUUAGCCGUGAUCAGUAGUUAAGCACAGGAAAAUCCCUUGCCACCCCCCCUCCCUUGGUCGAUGCCAUUGAUUCUGCCAGCGGCUCCUAAACCGCCUUACAGCUGAGUUAGAAGAUGAGGAGAGGCAGCAGGGAUUUCCCUGCCUUGGGGUGUGGGAAACAGAAGAAAGUUGAGGAAAUGGUUGGGAAUCGCUGUUAGAACUCUAGAAAUUCUAAUCUGACUUUGCCACUGUGCCCAGCUCUGGCCCAGAGGGUAGAGUGCCUCCUGUGGAAGUUUAGGGGCAAAUUUGUUCCCUGACCUGGAGAGGGUUAGAAAGAACCAACAGCUGCCCCCUCCCCGCCCCCGUGUUGAGACAGGUUCUCAAGGCUCAGGGGAAGAUGCAUACCUCCUAUGUAAGAAUGCUUUUCCCUUGCUGUUAUUCAUACACACUUUCCACUUCAAAUAUACCCAAAUAUGGCUUUCCUCA